UGAAGAACGAAGUUACAUUCAGUUUCCAAUAAAACUUGUUUUGUCGGUGACCAAAACAUGAACUUAAUAGAAGGAAGAGUGGGUGCUAAUUUGACAGUACGAUUGAUACUAUUUAAAACGGCUCAAAUUGUACGAUUUAUUGGUGCAAAUUAUGAACAAUACAUUAACUCCAAUUUUCCGAUUUCGUGAACUACCAAAUUGAAGCUGACGGCAAGUUCUGAAACCAUGCUGUCCUCCCUGUAACUAAAAAAGUUAGCCAACAUCUUUUUGUUCAUUAAUGCAAAUGCCCCAUGUUAAUUUCAUUGCAAAGAUCUCGGGAAUGAGACCCACCACACUUACUCAACUCUGUCAGUCAAAUUGCAUGAGCAAUGAGCCAAUGACCAAUGCUCUUUCAAUUGCAUUCAUGUUUGCUUCACCCUUUUUUACUACUCACACCCCUUCAAUUUUAUGACCCAUCUCCCAUCUCUCUCUCUCACUGCUUCAGCUUUUUCCAAUUCCCACUUCUCUACCACAUCAACCGUACCAAAAUCCAAACUCCCAACCAACCAAAACUAAUCCCAAAGCUCCCCAAAAGUUCUGCUCUGUCAUUUUCCCCUACAAUUACACACUCCUCAACUUCUUCACCAAAACUAUUCUGCUUCCACAAACACGCACGCACUGUAGGAAUGGCCACCUUUGUGGUUCUUAUUCUUCUUUUACUUUUCUCACCCCCUUCUGUUCAAUCUCAACUACUACAAAAUCCAAAAAUAAACCCAUUGGAUCUCAAAGCUCUUCUUUCCAUAAAAAACACUCUCACUGAACUCUCAUCCUCCAACUCCUUCUUCUCCACCUGGAACUUCACCGCACCAAAUCCCUGCUCUUCAUUCUCCGGCGUUACCUGCUCCAAUAUCAACCGAGUCACCAUUCUCUCACUCGGCACCGACACACUCCCACUCGCCGGCUCACUCCCCCGAUCCAUCUCCCAACUCACUGAGUUAACCCAACUCAUUCUCUCCCCUGGAAUCGUCACAGGAUCCAUCCCUCCCCAACUCGCCCAACUCACCAAACUCCGAGUCAUCUCAUUGCCUAAUAACCGCUUCACCGGCUCCAUACCCUCUACGUUCUCCUCUCUUACGAAUCUCCACACUCUCGACCUCAGUCACAACCAACUCACCGGGUCAAUCCCGCCGAGUCUUACCGAGUUACCGCAACUCAGAAUCCUUAUCCUUGCUUCCAAUUCCGUCACUGGCUCGUUACCGGAAAACGUUUCCUCUCCUUUAAUUCAUUUGGAUUUGAAGAACAAUCAACUCACGGGACCGUUACCAACGUCAAUCCCGUCAUCUCUCCGUUAUCUCUCGUUGUCGCAGAAUCGAAUGUGGGGUCCACUUACCAACGGGUUAGAGUCGCUUUCAGAAUUGGUGUUUCUCGACCUCAGCAUGAACCAAUUUUUUGGGCCUAUACCAGCCCAACUUUUCUUUAGGCCCACGCUCUCUUCACUCUUGUUACAACGGAACAAUCUUUCUGGUGGGCUUCCGCAAAGGCCUAAUGAUAAAGAACCGUCGAUUGGAUCCUCAUCGUACGGUCAAGGAUCAAUAGUCGAUUUAAGCCAUAACUCACUUAGCGGGGAACUGUCCACGGUGUUUGAUGGAGUUGAGAGCUUAUUUUUGAAUAAUAACCGUUUGAUGGGGAGGGUUCCUGAGGAGUAUGUUAAGGGCGUGUGUCGCGGUAGCACCAGAACAUUGUACCUUCAGCACAACUACUUCACGGGGAUACCGCUGGAAGAAGGAACGGUGAUGCCUGAUACGGUGUCGUUGUGUUUAUCAUAUAACUGCAUGGAGCCGCCGGCGACGCUGAUGACUUGUCCAGCGAGUGCCGGUGAUCAGUUGUCCAGGCCAGCGGCGCAGUGUUCCGUUUUUAACAUUGGCACUUAUAGAGGUUAAUUGGAUUGGGGAUAUUAUUGUAUUAACAAUAACAUUGGAGGAUUUAUUUGAUAAUGUAAGGUGUAAUUUGAUGUAGAGAAAAGUGAUUCCGCUAUGAAACGAGUAAUGUUUUUUUACUGC